GAGAGAGCGCGAGCUUCUCACUUGUCACUUUAUCACUUCUCACUCUGAGGCAGGAGCUUGAAGGAAAAAAGGGAUGAAAGAGAAAGCUGUCUCCCCUCUUUUUCUACUUUUUAACUGCUUCUGCUGUUAUGGUUCUUGUUGAGAUGUGUUCGUUUUCGUCUGCCAAGAACACUCUUUGAAACUCUUGAACAGGGAAAAAAAAUCUUUUUGAUUGAUAAUCUCUGGUCCAGUACUGAUUGAAGUAGAAGAGAUAAACAUGGGAGAUAAAGCUACAAUUCUGGAGGCUGUCUUGAAGGAGGCCGUGGAUUUGGAAAAUAUACCGAUUGAGGAGGUUUUCGAGAAUUUGAGAUGUAACAAGGAGGGCCUCACAACUGAGGCUGCUCAGGAGAGAUUGGUUAUUUUCGGACACAACAAGCUUGAAGAGAAACAGGAGAGUAAGAUAUUGAAGUUCUUAGGGUUUAUGUGGAACCCCUUGUCAUGGGUCAUGGAAGCUGCUGCAAUUAUGGCCAUCGCACUCGCCAACGGAGGAGGAAAGCCUCCAGACUGGCAGGACUUCGUUGGUAUCAUUACUCUGCUUCUCAUUAACUCGACCAUCAGUUUCAUUGAAGAGAACAACGCGGGUAAUGCUGCUGCUGCUCUCAUGGCUCGUCUCGCUCCCAAAGGCAAGGUACUUCGGGAUGGAAAGUGGAGCGAAGAAGAAGCUUCUAUUCUUGUCCCGGGUGACAUAAUCAGUAUUAAGCUCGGGGACAUUAUUCCAGCAGACGCUCGUCUCCUUGAAGGGGAUCCAUUAAAAAUCGACCAGUCUGCUCUUACAGGGGAGUCUCUGCCCGUGACUAAAGGCCCAGGGGAUGGUGUCUACUCUGGUUCUACAUGCAAACAAGGGGAGAUUGAAGCGGUGGUCAUUGCCACUGGUGUGCAUACCUUCUUUGGGAAGGCCGCUCACCUUGUAGACACCACAAAUCAAGUGGGCCACUUCCAAAAGGUCUUGACUGCAAUCGGGAACUUCUGUAUAUGCUCUAUUGCUAUUGGAAUGAUAAUAGAGAUUAUUGUCAUGUAUCCAAUUCAACACAGGAAAUAUCGUCCCGGAAUUGACAAUCUACUGGUGCUUCUUAUUGGAGGGAUUCCCAUAGCCAUGCCCACAGUUCUGUCAGUGACAAUGGCCAUUGGUUCACAUCGCCUAUCCCAACAGGGAGCUAUCACAAAGAGAAUGACGGCAAUCGAGGAAAUGGCGGGCAUGGAUGUGCUUUGCAGUGACAAGACUGGAACUCUUACUUUGAACAAGCUCACAGUUGACAAGAAUCUAAUUGAGGUUUUUUCAAAAGGAGUUCACGCUGAUACAGUUGUGCUGAUGGCAGCUCGAGCCUCCAGAGUGGAAAACCAGGAUGCAAUAGACGCUGCUAUAGUUGGUAUGCUGGCCGACCCCAAGGAAGCACGGGCUGGCAUUCAAGAGGUUCACUUCCUUCCAUUUAAUCCAACUGAUAAACGGACAGCUCUGACUUACAUUGACACUGAAGGCAAAAUGCAUCGAGUCAGCAAAGGUGCACCAGAGCAAAUUCUAAAUCUUGUACACAACAAAUCAGACAUAGAACGUAGAGUUCAUGCUGUGAUCGAUAAGUUUGCAGAGAGAGGAUUACGGUCACUUGCAGUAGCAUACCAGGAAGUUCCAGAGGGCAGGAAAGAGAGCCCAGGAGGUCCAUGGCAAUUCAUUGGUCUCAUGCCACUUUUUGACCCUCCUCGACAUGACAGUGCGGAAACAAUAAGGAGGGCUCUGAAUCUUGGGGUAAAUGUUAAAAUGAUCACAGGUGAUCAACUGGCAAUAGCAAAGGAAACAGGACGGCGUCUAGGAAUGGGCACCAACAUGUACCCAUCAUCUGCUUUGCUGGGUCAGAACAAGGAUGAGUCAAUUGCCGCUUUGCCAAUUGAUGAACUGAUAGAGAAAGCUGAUGGUUUUGCUGGUGUUUUCCCUGAGCACAAAUACGAAAUUGUUAAACGCUUGCAAGCAAGGAAACAUAUUUGUGGAAUGACUGGGGAUGGAGUUAAUGAUGCACCUGCUCUUAAGAAGGCUGACAUAGGGAUAGCUGUUGCAGAUGCAACUGAUGCAGCUCGUAGUGCUUCUGAUAUUGUCCUGACAGAACCUGGCCUUAGUGUUAUUAUAAGUGCAGUGUUGACUAGUCGAGCAAUCUUUCAGAGGAUGAAAAAUUACACAAUUUAUGCGGUUUCUAUAACAAUCCGUAUUGUGCUUGGUUUUAUGCUGCUGGCCCUCAUAUGGGAGUUUGACUUCCCACCCUUCAUGGUGCUCAUUAUUGCCAUCCUCAAUGAUGGUACCAUAAUGACCAUAUCAAAGGAUAGGGUAAAACCUUCUCCUUUGCCAGACAGCUGGAAGUUGGCUGAGAUUUUUGCAACUGGGAUAAUUCUUGGUAGUUACUUGGCAAUGAUGACAGUUAUUUUCUUUUGGGCUGCUUACAAAACAGACUUCUUCCCGAGAGUGUUUGGGGUUUCAACCCUCCAAAAAGAAGCUCAUGAUGAUUUUAGAAAGCUUGCAUCAGCCAUAUAUCUACAAGUGAGCACCAUUAGUCAGGCCCUCAUAUUUGUGACACGAGCUCGGAGUUGGUCUUAUUUGGAGCGUCCUGGCUUGUUGCUCAUUGUGGCUUUUGUGGUUGCUCAGCUGAUAGCGACACUGAUUGCAGUCUACGCAAACUGGGGAUUUGCUGCAAUUGAAGGGAUUGGAUGGGGUUGGGCUGGUGUUGUUUGGAUUUAUAAUGUCAUCUUCUACAUCCCCCUUGAUUUUAUAAAGUUCAUUAUUCGAUAUGCUCUGAGUGGGCGGGCUUGGGAUCUUGUUAUUGAGCAAAGGAUUGCCUUCACCAGAAAGAAGGAUUUUGGGAAGGAAGCGCGUGAGCUCAAGUGGGCACAUGCUCAAAGGACUCUUCACGGUCUGCAGCCACCUGACACAAUGUUUAAUGAACGAACCAGCUUUACAGAUCUCAACCAGAUGGCUGAAGAGGCCAAAAGGAGAGCUGAGAUUGCAAGGCUAAGAGAGCUCCACACGUUGAAGGGACACGUGGAAUCAGUGGUGAGAUUGAAGGGUCUCGACAUUGACACAAUCCAGCAAGCAUACACUGUCUGACAAGGUCAUCUGGCUCCCAUAUUUUAUAUAUAGUUCUAGUGUUUACAUUAAGAUAUGUAAUCUAUAAUCCACCAUUUCCAUUUUUAACUGCCUGCAUCCUUAUAAUAUAAUCACCUUUGGAGAACUCAUUCUAUUGUUAAGCCUGGGCUCUGUGCCUUAAUGUUCAGAACAGUGAGCUCUCCAGUUCGGCCUCUUUUUCCCUCUCUUUUUCUUUCUUCACAUUUUCUCAGCAUGCCCCAUACUAAAAAGGAGAAGCGGUGGAGGGGUAUAAAUGUGCCUCGGCAUUUUCUGUCUAUACAAGCAAGUUAUUUUCUUGGCAUUUAUUGGCUCAUUUCUGUUUAGCUGCCUCUUUCUACAGUGAGUUAGCUCUGAAGGUAUACUUUGAAGAGAUAUGAUUGCAUACUGAUUUAUGAUUCGCUUAUGGGAUUGAUCAUUGACAUCCGAGACAUGGGGGCAAAUUUUUGUUAAAUUAGUCAGCACUCUACACCAUAUGUUAUAAGUUCUUUGUUUGUACAUUAUCUAUAAUUAAAUAGACCUCAGUGUCAUAAUGCCGGUUUUUUUUUUA